AUGGCGAGCACAGGCGACGAGAGCAAGCAGCCACCAGAGAAGCGCGCCCGACAUGACGGCGCCCAGGCCGCGCCGGCGCCGGCGCCGGCGCGCGUGCAGCUCAACCCGGCCGACUGCAACCUCGGUCAGUGCCUGCAUUUCCAUAUCCCCCGAAAUUCUCCACGCGCUCGCUCAACUCCGGUGGUGACGCGGCUCGUCUCUCUCUCUCUCCUCACCUCUCCAGAUUUCAUCGUCGGCCAUGGCGGGCUCCGGGGGCACGCGCUGCACGGGGGCGCGUUCGCCUACUGCUGGUCGGGGGCACGCGCCACGGCGGGGGUCCGGGGCGGCGGGAAGUACUGCUUCGGGUGCUGGGUGCUGGCGGAGCAGCCCGUGGAGAUGGAGGACACGGACGCCGGCCAGCGGCACCUCUGCCGCGUCGGCGUCUCCAGGGGGGACGACCCCGUGGGCGGCCUCGGGGAGGCCGGCGGCCAGAGCUUCGCGUUCGGGGGCACCGGCGGUAAGCCCCGCCACGACGGCAACCUGAUCGACGACGAGUUUGGGGUCGGCGACACGGUCGUCUGCGCCGUGGACCUGGAUGCCAGGCCCAUGGCCUCGAUCGGGUUCGCCAAGAACGGGCAGUGGCUCGGCAUCGCCCUGCCCUUUGAUGCCAGCCAGACCCAGACGGGGCUUGGUUUGGUUGAUGCUCCUGUGAAGCCAAUGCCGUGGGAGUCGGCGAUCUUCCCUCACGUUCUGCUCAAGAAUGUGAUGGUGGAUAUGCAGUUUAGCAUGGAGGACGGGCUGGAGCCGGUCAAUGGUUACCAGCCCUGGAGCUCACUUCUUGGUGAUGGCAAUGCUGUUCUUGGGCCUGCGUUUGCAGAACAGAGGGAGUGCGAGCGAGAUCCUGGUGAUGGUUGGCCUCCCGGCUUCUGGGAAGACUACUUGGGCAGAGAAAUGGCAGGAUUGCUUAGCGAAAGAAAGAUUCCAGAUGCGCAAUUCGAUCGCUGGAUUGAUCGCGCUACUACAGUUGUCAACGGAUUGCUGCGCAUAGCUGAGAACGUCCCUCGCAACUACAUUCUCGACCAGGCGAACGUCGAAAGAAUCCCUCGCAUUCGUCUUCUGAACAGAUUCUCCAAUUUUGGCCGCAAAACUGCUGUGGUUGUUUUUCCGUCACCUGCUGAGCGAAAGUCAAGGUCCUCCAAGCGAUUCCGUGAAACAUGGAAGGAAGUGUCUGAUGAGGAGGUUAACAAGAUGUCAGUUAUGCAAUUUCUACCACUGAACUUGUUUCAGUUUUGA